UCAAGGGUUAACGACCAAACAAACAAUCGCUUCGUUAACACUUUGCUCAACGCAUGCAAGAAACUUGGAAUGAAUGUAUCCCCACCUGCGGCGAGCCAAUCUUGUGCUGGCGCAUCGUCCGUGGUAAACGACAUGAGAUCGCUCAAAAAUGCCGUCAGCAGCAGGAUAGGUAAAGAUCCGGAGAUGGUAUUGGCCAUCCUGCCGACAAGCUCGACGGACAUUUAUCACGCUAUCAAGUCGUUCGGUGAUGUUAUUGCUGGUUUCCCAACACAGUGUGUCCGAGAGAACAAGAUCGAGAGAGCAAAUGAUCAGUAUUGUGCGAAUCUAGGCAUGAAGAUCAACGCCAAACUUGGAGGCGUCAAUUCAUUAUCAAGGUCAGGUGCGUUGGAGAAGCUCAUGAGCGCUCCGUUCAUGAUUAUGGGUGCCGAUGUAGGGCAUCCCGCACCUGGCAUGAUCAACCAGCCCUCUGUGGCAUCUCUCGUCUACUCAUUUGAUCGAAAAGAUUGACGAAUUACGCAAAUUAGUAUAUCGUGCGAUCUUCGAGUUUGGCGAGCGUAACAGGGCCGCACCCAUACGCAUCAUUUUCUUCCGAGAUGGCCUUUCCGAAGGAGAAUACGCGCUC